GCAAUAUCAUAUAAUAAACUGUAACGAAUAUAUCACUAUAUUCAUGUGAGAAUAACACUGGAGCUUCCAUUAACAUUGAUCUGAAUAAGGAAUCAAGCAAGAACUUGAUGGUUACGUUGAUUGGAAUCCAAUCCAACUUUGGAGAAAUUCCAACAUCUGCGGAGAACUGAGCAGGCCCAGCACACCCGUUUCUUUGGAAUACUAUCUAGCCACACAUUGUUUCCACAAGACCCUACCCAUUAGUAACUCAACCAUGGUUGAAUUUAUAUGAUAUAAAAUUAACUACAAGUAACGUUAUUCUAAUACUAUAUGUUAUAUUAAUAAACAAAUGUGAACAAGGUUGGUUGGUUGAUUAAUUGAUGAUGCAUGCAUGUUUCCACACUCACUUUAUAUAUUGCCCAACUCACCUUUCUUCCACCACAUAUGUGAAACCUGCUUCUGCUUCUGUAAGAUAUAUUAUUCCCUAUACACUCACUGUCUCAGUGUAGUUGAUUCAUAGUAAGAGUGUUGUGGAGUGGAUCAAAAGAAGAAAAAGAUGAGCUGCAACGGUUGUCGUGUUCUCAGAAAGGGUUGCAGUGAGAACUGCAUGCUACGACAUUGCCUACAAUGGAUAGAGAACCCACAAGCCCAAGCUCACGCCACCCUCUUUGUGGCCAAGUUCUUUGGCCGUGCUGCUCUCAUGUCUUUCCUUUCCGCCGUACCUGCCAACCAAAGAUCCGCUUUGUUUCAGUCACUGCUUUAUGAAGCAGUGGGACGUACUAUAAAUCCAGUGAAUGGAGCAGUGGGGCUGUUGUGGACCGGAAACUGGCACAUGUGCCAAAUGGGUGUGGAGAAAGUGCUCCGGGGUGGUGCUGCGUUGACCCCACUCCCUCACUUCCUGGGUAGUGCAGAUGUACAGUAUCAACACCUUGUAACUCAGAGAGUGAUGAUUGCAGGUGGAACAUUGUGUCACCAGGCAAAAAAGCAACGUGUGGGGACACCCUCCCAGGAAUCUGAGACCUCCUAUGUGGAACUUAAACCACCGGAUUCUGCCCCUCAAAGUCAAAGGAAUCUCCUUACACUAUUCUUCUGAUACCUUAUAAUGCAAGCUGAUGUUAGUGGCAUAAUCAAAGAGAUAUCAUACUAUAACUAGAGAUCGAAAUCGGUUUUACCAUUUUAAGGAUUGGAGUUACUCUUGUCUUAGAUUAAUAGGCCCGUGACUAUGGCUGUAAAUGAGUUGAGUAUUCGAAAUUAAUGUUGUAACCAUGAACUGUGAAAACUAUUAAUUACUUCAAUUUGAAGUGUUAGUUUGUUCAAA